ACACACACACUCUUCUCUCAAGCAGAGUUUCUCUUUCACUUUCUCUCACCUCGAAACACCAUCAAAUAACAAAAUCACCCUUCGUUUCUUCAUCUUCUAGAGAGAGAAACUCACAAUUAUAGAGAGAGAAAAUUUCCUCGAAAUUUCACAACUCACACUUCAAUCACCAUGAAAACCUUGCAUUUCUAGGGCUAAUUCGACGUCGUUUUCAUACACCAAGAGAUUUCGUAUCAUAUCCCUCUUUUUAUUUUUUCCAAAACCCUAGAAAACGGAUUUCGUGUUCUUCAAUUCAAUUGUGCCCUAAUUUCCAAAUUCACCGAAUAAUUUCUACGUUCAGAUUCUGUAUUAGAUGGGAAAUGAAGCUCUUAGAUAUUAAGGGUGGGAAUGCAUGGAUGUAACUUUGGAUCUGUUCAUGUUGUAAAUGCUGAGGUUGAUUCUAUGGGAGGUGUUGUGGACGGCGGAGUUGGUGUAGGUUUAAAAACCUCUCCGCGCCGAGCAGCAAUUGAGAAGGCUCAAGCAGAGCUCAGACAGGAGUACGACGCUCGUGAAGAAAGAAGAAAAGAGCUAGAAUUUCUUGAAAAAGGUGGGAAUCCUCUUGACUUUAAGUCAGGGAAUGCUGCUUCUGUUAGUGUGCAGUCUACCUCACUCACUGAUCAACAUCAAGAACAGUUUGUGACCAGCGAAGCAAAAGGUAGUUUUGUAUUGACUGCCUCCCCUCAUGGUGACUCUGUCGACAGCAGUGCAAGACCAGGCGCUCCUUCUAUCAAUGAGCCAAACUCUGCUGAUAACCUCUUACUAUUUGAUGGUGAGAAUGAGUUGCCUGAAGGAGAAAAACGAUCUUUACAUUCAUAUAAAAGAAAUAAAAUUGCUCCUUCAGAACAGUCUUCUCAAAUUGGUGGGGGUCAAAAUGCUAAAGAGACUGAAGAAUCUGCUAUUUUUACCCCAUAUGCACGAAGAAACAGAUCCAGACCUAAUCAUGGUCCUCGGGGGGGUUCAAGGGAUGUGAAGGGUUUUUUAUCGGAUACAAACAGACAAAAGGAUCGCAAUGUGCCAUCUCUUUCUAAGCCAAAGCCUGCCAAUUCAAAUGGAGAGAUACUUGCUAAAGAUCCAACAACAAAUGAUCCAUUGGAUAAUGAAUCUGUGGGUCUUCAAGCUCGUCAAACAAAUAGUGUUAGUGCUAGUGUUGCUGCAGACACAUUAGAUAUUACAUUGAAUAGAAACUUCAAAGAAGAUCAACGUAUUGUACCUUCUCAGGAUGAUACUGUACAGGACCCACUUGUCUUGGCAUCUGGCAAAGCUAGUGCAGAUGGGGAAAGGAACCCAGGAGCUUCAGGUGAACUUGAACUUUCAUCUAGUGUAGCUGCUGCACAACCUGGAAAUGAAUCUUGUCCUAGUCAGACAAAUGGUUUUGGCACUAUAAAAGUUGACAGGAAAAGUUCACCAGCCAAAGAUCAAAAUAGCAGUGUUGCAGCAGGCCUGAAGAGGGUUGAUCCAGAGCCCGGUUGUGCACAAACUAGUUUAGCUAGAGAUGUAAAUAAUGAUACCGACAUGUGUACUAAUACAAAAAAAGCUGAUGACAAUGGAAAUACUUCGGAACAAACUUUAUUUAACAAGAAACUAAGCUCAACUGGUUAUGAAGCUGUAAAAGAAUGGAGUGAGACUAACAUUGAUCAAGGUGGUGCUACUGUUAAAAAUGAACAUGCUUCUAGUUUUGUAAACCAUUCUGGCUGUGGUAGUAUCAUAAAAAAUGAAGAAGACUUAAGUACGAGUAGUUCUUGCAUGCCAAACAAGUUAAAGGAUUCUUCUAGUAUUAGAGGAGUGCAUGACAAUGACAGUACUGUAUUGAAGGCUAAUAAAGGGGUAAGUGUUGUCAUGGUGGAUCGUUCCAAUUCUACAAAAGAUGACAACUGUGAAAGGUUAAAACUUUCUAAGGAUGUGUCAAUUUCUGCAAAUCCUCAAAGUAAUAAGGCUGAUAAGGUUACUACUGCUGUGUCUGACUGUCAACCAUGUUCUCCGCUCCGCUUGAAGUUAGCAGACAAGGCUCGUGAAGAUUCUAUUUUGGAAGAAGCUCGUAUUAUAGAGGUCAAGCGGAAGAGGAUUUUGGAGUUAUCUGCUCACACAUUACCCUCACCAAUCCUCCGAAAGUCUCACUGGGAUUUUGUUCUAGAGGAAAUGGCAUGGUUGGCAAAUGAUUUUGCACAGGAGCGUCUUUGGAAGACAACUGCUGCUGCACAACUCUGUCAUCAGGCUUCUUUGACUUCUCGGUUAAGAUUUGAAAAGCAAAACAAGAAUCUGGAGAUGAAAAUUUUGUCUCACACCAUGGCAAAGGCUGUCAUGCAGUUUUGGCAUUCAGUUGAGCUACUACUAGACAAAAACGUCCCUGACCAUAACUGUAUUGGUGUUUCUGUUGAACACGAGAAAGUUGAUUCAAAUGAAGCUUCUAAGGACAAGCGGAAAAAUUCCGAAAAGGAAACAAGCAACAACUACUUGGAGGGACACAAUCCCAGAAAACAUUUGGCACUGAAAGUGCAUUCCUAUGCAUUGAGGUAUUUAAGGGAUAGUAGGUCGCAUGGAAUGUCCUCUCAAGCAGAAGCACCUGCAACUCCUGAUAAGGUAUCUGAUUCAGGCACUGUUGACAUGUCAUGGGAGGAACAUCUUACAGAAGAAAGUCUUUUCUAUACAGUUCCUCCCACUGCCAUGGAAACAUACAGAAAAUCCAUUGAAUCUUAUUUCUUACUGUGUGAGAAAACUGGUAGUAGCAUUCAAGAAGAAGUUGAAACAUCCAUAUAUGAUACUGCAGCAGAUUUUGGCUGUGAAGAGGUUGCAUACGAAGAUGACGGCGAUACCAGCACUUACUAUUUGCCUGGUACCUACGAGGGUAGAAGAUCUUCGAAGUCCGUACAGAAGAAGCAGAAAAACAGAAUGAAGUCUUACCCUCAUAGGUCCGGUGAAAUUGGAACUGAUUUGCCUUAUGCACACUAUUCAACUGGAGCUCAUCCGUCCAUACUACAUGGAAAUAGGCCUGCUAAUUUAAAUGUUGGUACAAUUCCAAUCAGACGUGUGCGUACUGCUUCUCGGCAAAGAGUCGUGAAUCCUUUUGCUGCGGUUUCUGGGACAGUGCAGGCUCUUGUUAAGGUAGAUGCUGCUUCAAGUGGAGAUACCAAUUCCUUUCAGGAUGACCAGAGUACUUUACAUGGUGGAUCACAGCUCCAGAAGAGCAUGGAGGUGGAGUCAGUUGGAGAUUUUGACAAGCAGUUACCUUACGAUUGUGGUGAAACAUCGGUUAAAACAAAGAAAAAGAAGCCCAAGAAUCUGAAUUCCGCAUAUGAUCAGGGAUGGCAGUUGGAUUCUGUUGUUCUAAGUGAACAGAGGGAUCAUUCCAAGAAGAGAUUGGAUAGUCAUCACUUUGAGUCCAAUGGAAACAGCGGUUUGUACGGGCAACAUAAUGUGAAGAAGCUUAAAAUGACAAAGCAAUCACUUGAAACUUUUGACAAUGUUUCUCCAAUAAAUAAUUCUAUUCCCUCUCCAGCUGCUUCACAAAUGAGUAACAUGUCAAAUCCAAGUAAUAAAUUGAUUAGAAUUAUUACUGGACGAGAUAAGGGAAGGAAAGCCAAACCACUGAAGAACUCCGCUGGAGGACAGCCUGGUUCUGGAAGUCCUUGGACACUAUUUGAAGAUCAGGCUCUUGUUGUCCUGGUUCAUGAUAUGGGUCCUAACUGGGAGCUUGUAAGUGAUGCCGUUAACAGCACUUUACACUUCAAGUGUAUCUUUCGGAAACCAAAAGAAUGCAAGGAGCGUCACAAGGUUUUAAUGGAUAAAAGUACUGGUGAUGGUGCCGAUAGUGCUGAGGAUUCAGGGUCUUCUCAGUCAUACCCUUCUACACUACCUGGAAUUCCGAAGGGUAGUGCCAGACAGUUGUUUCAACGUUUGCAAGGGCCAGUGGAGGAGGAUACACUGAAGACCCAUUUUGAUAAAAUUAUCAAGAUUGGGCAGAGGCAACGUUACCACAGGAAUCAGAAUGAUAACCAGGAUUUAAAACAACUAGCACCUGUCCAUAAUUCUCACGUGCUUGCUCUUUCCCAUGUUUGCCCAAACAACUUGAACGGAGGAGUUUUGACGCCACUUGAUCUUUGUGAAACAAAUGCAACAAGCCCAGAUGUACUAUCCCUUGGGUAUCAAGGUUCUCAUGCUGGUGGUUUACCAUUACCAAAUCAUGGUUCCGUUUCAUCAGUGCUUCCUUCAUCUGGGUUAAGCUCUUCCAAUGCACCGCCUUCUGGUACGAGUCUUGGCAAUAAUUUGUCAUCACCCUCUGGUCCAAUGGCAGCCUCCGCCAGGGAUAGUAGAUAUGGAGUUCCUAGAGGUGUACCAAUAUCAGCUGAUGAACAGCAGAGAUUGCAACAAUAUAAUCAGUUGAUAUCCAGCAGGAACAUGCAGCAGUCUAGCAUGUCCGUUCCUGGAAGUGACCGCGGUGCUCGCAUGCUGCCUGGUGCGAAUGGUAUGGGCAUGAUGGGUGGGAUUAACAGAAGCAUAGCAAUGGCAAGGCCAGGGUUUCAUGGAAUGACAUCAUCAUCUAUGCUUAGUUCUGGGGGCAUGCUUUCAUCUAGUAUGGUAGGUAUGCCUGGAGUUGGUGCUGGACAAGGAAAUUCAAUGAUGAGACCUCGUGAUACAGUACAUAUGAUGAGGCCUGGCCAUAAUCAAGGACAUCAAAGGCAAAUGAUGGUUCCGGAACUUCCAAUGCAGGUCACCCAAGGGAACAGCCAAGGCAUUCCUGCCUUUAGUGGGAUGAGUUCUGCUUUUAAUAGUCAAACAACUCCCCCAUCGGUUCAGCAAUACCCCGUACAUGCCCAACAACAGUCUCAUCUUAGCAAUCCCCAUCCUCAUCUUCAAGGUCCGAAUCACCCUAACAAUCAACAACAAGCCUAUAUCCGAUUGGCAAAGGAAAGGCAACUGCAGCAGCAGCAGCAGCAGCGUUAUCUUCAGCAGCAGCAGCUUUCUGCGACAAAUGCUUUGAUUCCACAUGUUCAGGCACAAGCCCAACCUCCCAUAUCAUCACCUCAGCAAAAUAGUUCCCAGGCGCAACCACAAAAUUCAUCUCAGCAAGUAUCUGUUUCCCCUGCAACACCAUCAUCUCCUUUGACUCCGAUGUCAUCUCAGCAUCAACAGCAAAAACAUCAUCUGCCACAACCCGGGUUCAGUAGAAAUCCUGGUUCUAGUGUGACUAGUCAAGCAGUGAAGCAACGGCAGCGACAGGCACAACAGAGGCAGUAUCAACAGUCUGCUAGGCAGCAUCCUAAUCAGCCACAGCAUGCACAGGCUCAACAGCAGGCUAAAAUUUUGAAGGGGAUAGGAAGAGGGAACACAUUGAUCCAUCAGAACAAUUCUGUGGAUCCUUCUCAUAUAAAUGGUUUGUCUGUAGCUCCAGGAACCCAGCCUGUUGAGAAAGGGGAUCAAAUCACGCAAAUGACGCAAGGUCAAACCUUAUAUCCUGGAUCUGGUAUAGAUCCAAAUCAACCACCGAAGCCAUUAGGUCCUGCUCAUCCUUCUAAUUCUAAUCAUAGCCAAUUGCAGCAGAAGUUACAUUCUGGAUCAACCAGCACUUCAUCGAAGCAACAUCAGGCAUUGGUUUCUCCUUCUGACAGUAACAUUCAGGUUCAGGUUUCACCGGUUACUUCAGGUCAUAUAACUACACCAACACAGCCUGCUGUUGGUGCUCCCAACCAUCAUCAACUGCAGAUGCCAUCUCAGACACAGUCUAAGCAAAUUAAUCAAACACAACCAAAUGUUCAGAAAACAUUGCAACAUAAUUGCCAGGUGCCUUCUGAGUCGUUAAACAUGUCUCAAUCAGAUUCACUCAAAAUUGAUCAACAGCCUGGAAAUAGUGCUUCUCAAGUCAGUACAAGCACUUCAAUGUCUCAGGGUUCCAUGGAUUCAGCUAGUGUAUUAGCAGUUGCUCCUACCGUGUCUUCUCAGCGGAAAACUUCAGAACCACCAUUUGAUUCCCCCAUUCCCAAUCCAGUUACCCAAGUGAGCUCUUUGGAGAGCACAGCUGUUGAAAAUUCAGCUGCAACUGAGUCACUGACUGUUAACCAAGGGCUGGGCCCACGACAGUUAUCAGCCAACUUGGCGUCUCAUUCACAUAAUUCUGGGGCACAGCGGCAACACCAGCCUUUGCCCCUUAAACAACAGUCUACGUUGAAACCAAACCUGUCUCAACAGUCAUGCCAAGAACCAGAACAUCAGCAACAGGAGCAGGAGCAACAUUUUCCCGAAGAUGUGGCUUUGCAACAUCAACCUCAACAUGUACAAAAUCUACAACCAGGGCAGAGCAGUUUGCUUAUCCGUCCACCUAACUCUACAGUGGAAUGAUGACUUCUGAUGGAUGGAGCAGCUGUGAAUAAGCCCGCUUUUGUUAGGACUAGAAUCAGUAGGCCCUUUUGUCAGCACUGUACAGAUGAAGCUGGUCAUUCAUGUGGGCUUUGGGAUAUGGAGACGGAUAUCCAUUGUUUACUGCAGAUCUUGUUAAAUGAUUAACAAAUUUAUAUUGGUAGGCAUCAUUGCACAUGCUUAUUCUUAUUUCAAAGUCUUGUAUAUUACCACUGUUCUUAGAGGGUUUUCUCUCAUUUUCUUUUUUGGAAAGAGACGAAGAUAGAGGUAUGUGUACAGGGCCGUCUCUUCUUUCCUUGUACUUCCCCCCUCUUUUUUUUUAUUUUUUUUUAUUUUUCUUGUUCUUCCUGCCCUUGUGCAGAGGAACACUUUUUUGUUCUGUUAGAUUAGAUUAUGUAUUAUUAUACCUUGUUAGAUGAUUGGGAUAGCAAUCAUUUUUAUGAGCAAAAGCCAAUUCAAAGUUUUGUGAAUACAAUAUUUCUGAUAUAUGCACCAAUCGGUAGUUAGUGUGUUUACUUUCUCAA